AUGCCCUCUAGGCGGGAACUCCGAGAUCAUGACUUGCUCUCUCCCUCCGCCUACGACGACGAUGUCACGUCUCCACGAUCGCUUUCGGACCAAGACUCCGACUCGGAAGAUGACGAGUUUCUGCGCGCUACCCGGUCCACACUCGAACUCGCCAGGCAUGACAAGACAGUCUUGGAAGAAGAGGAGGAAAUGGAGAAGCUGCUUGUAAGGAGCGGGCCGGCUGACGGUCUACGGCGCAUUUUUAGCCCAACCGUGGGCCCCGUACGUAUAGGCAAACGCAAUCGACGAGAGAGGAAAAGGAGUGUGCAGGGCAAACCGCACCAGGAAGGAGAUCUCAUGUUUGAAAUGGAAGAAGGGUUCCGAGAUUUUUCGGAUGGAGAUAGUAUUGAUUCGUUGGACUUGGACGAGAAAGACCUGGAUAAGUGGCAAGACCAACCGCCCAAAAAGGGCAUGUAUCUGUGGCUCGCUCUAGCGUUUGCUGCCAUGACUGUUCUGUUUUUUAUAUUUCUAUUGGGUGCUUACAAGGCAUCUAAAGACACUCAAAAUGUGAACGGCAAGGUGGCAGGCUUUCUGUCCAACGGGACAGCCCUUUUCGCGCCAACCACCAUCGUCGUUUCGCUUGACGGAUUUCGCGCCGAUUUUCUCAAUCGCGGACUUACACCGACGCUUAAUAAGUUCAUUGCAGAGGGUGUUUCUCCGAGAUAUAUGAUUCCCAGCUUUCCCAGUGUUACGUUUCCCAACCAUUUUACUCUUGUGACGGGCUUGUACCCUGAGAGUCAUGGCAUGGUCGCCAACGAUUUCUAUGAUCCCAAUUACAAAGAAUAUUUCACAGUCGUGCCGGGGAAAAGCGAUGAUCCAAAGUGGUGGACAGCAGAGCCUAUCUGGACGACGGCGGAAAAGCAAGGUAUUCGCACCGCGAUCCACAUGUGGCCCGGGUCUGAAGCGCAUAUUGGUAAUAUGGAUCCGACAUUCUACGACAAAUUCAAUGGCUCUGAAGUUCUAUCGCGGAAAGUAGAUCGUGUUAUGGAAUUCCUCGACCUUCCGGGAGAAGAAAGCGAGGAUGGCGUUGAGAAGCUUCGUCCGCAAUUCAUUGCUACGUACGUGCCCAACGUGGAUACAGCUGGUCAUUUGUAUGGGCCAAACAGUACCGAAAUACGAUCCGUCAUCUCGUACGCAGAUGAUAUGCUCGCCGGUUUGUUAGAGGGGCUUGAAGCUCGAAAUCUGACUAGCAUUGUCAACAUCGUGGUUGUCUCUGAUCAUGGAAUGGCUACUACCUCGACUACACGUACCAUCCAGUUGGAAGAUCUAAUUGAUAUAGAGUUGGUGGAACACAUCGAUGGCUGGCCAUUGAGGGGUCUCCGACCGAAGCAACCUGAAGAUCUAGAAGUCCUCAAGAGCCAAUUGGAGAAGACAGCAAAGGAAUAUCCGGACGGGAUAGAGGUGUAUACUCGAGAGACAAUGCCAGAAAGAUGGCAUUUCUCAAACAAUGAUCGAAUCGCGCCACUUUGGAUUAUACCUAAAGCUGGAUGGGCUGUCGUGGAAAGGCCCGAUUUCGACGUAAAGGAAGCACUUGCCAAGGUGCUUCCUUAUGCGCCUCGGGGAAUUCAUGGGUAUGAUAAUUACCACCCACUUAUGCGAGCCAUCUUCGUUGCCCGAGGACCAGCCUUUCCUCAUCCUCCCAACAGCAGAGUGGAGGUUUUCCAAAAUACUAACGUUUACAACCUGAUUUGCGAUUCGAUCGGAAUCAUACCGCUACCAAACAAUGGAACUUUGCACCUGCCAUUCACAACUAUAGGUCUGCACAGUGACGACGACGCUCCUGUUCUUGAUACUCCCGAAGAUCCUCCAAAAGCUAGUAUGAGCUUUUCGCCAAUAACUACACGUCCGACUGCGUCUGUAGGACCUCCGCCGCCGCCAGAGACUACCCCUGGAUCCUCCAUGGAGGAUGGCGAUGGCGAUGGCAAUGGCAAUGGCAAUGGCGACGGGGAUGAAGAUGACGAUGACGCAAAAUCAUCACUUCAGUCAUUCUAUGACAGUGUCAAGGAUACCUUGGGCUCGUUCAAGGAUUGGUUAGGCCAGUUAUUCAGUUCCAAAGUGGACAAUCGGCCACCACCAUCAUAA